AUGACCAGCUUGUCCAAAAGCUUCAUGCAGAGUGGAAGAAUCUGUGCAGCAUGUUUUUACCUGUUGUUUACGCUGCUUUCAAUUCCCAUUUCAUUCAAAGUUGGUGGUUUGGAGUGCGGUCUUUCCUUCACAGUGACACUUUUCACCUUGUAUUUCAUAACGACAACGCUCAAUGUGCUGGCAAGGCGAAACGGAGCAAGACUGUAUAUUUUUUUGACCAGCUGUCUAUAUUAUUCCCAACACUUUGUUAUUGCUUCUCUGUUGUAUCUAUUUUUAUCCGGGUUUUCUAACGAUGAGUUAGGAAACGUUUUGAAAAAUAGAUCUAACGAGUCGGAGUCGUUCUUAGAGGUUUUAAAAAAUAGCUUGAAUUCCAACCAAAUCAAUUACGUGCUAUACUAUUACUACUAUCGAUUCGUUGUUCAACCAUGGCAGUUCAUACUUACCAAGUCUACACCUUUCUUUACUCUAUCAGAAGGAUUUUUCACUAUUUUGGCCAUUCAGGCCGUGGGAGAGACUAAUAGAUGGUUGUCGAAUGACUUGAACUCAAAUACAUGGAUUAUUUCGUCAUUGCUGGCUUCUGGGGGUGUAAUCACCGCUUCACUUUACUAUUUGUAUCGGAUUUAUGUGACUCCUAUAUGGCCACUAUCUAUUCAAACAGCAUCUUUAUUAGGAUUUGUUUUGUCCAUGGUAUGCGGGCUUGGACUAUACGGUAUUGUAAGUCAAAGGGGGUCCGUGAUAGAAAGUUCAUUAUUUUUCGCAUACAUUGUUCGUUGUGUCUAUGAAAUUUCUCCCAAAUUAGCUACUACGGCAACGGAUGAAAUCCUAGAUUUGUUCAAAGAUGUAUGGCAGAAACAUCAAAGAAAUUUGCCUACGGCGGAUAAUCUACUGUGCUAUUUCCAUAACGUUAUUUUGAAAAAUGCAGAAAUGUUGUGGGGGUCCUUUAUCCCCAGAAGAAGGAAGACAGCUAGCGAUCUCCAUGAAAAAAUCAUAAGUAUCUUGUCAUUUGAAAAAGUGUCUUUGAUAUCUAAACCGUUUUGGAGAUUUUUCAAAAAUUUCACCUUCAGUGUUCCGUUAUCCAUCAACGAAUUUUGCCAAGUCACGAUUAAAAUGGCAAGUGAAUCAGUAUCACCAGCCAUAGUGAUCAAUUUAUGCUUUAGAGUUCUCAUGUUCUACUCGGCAACAAGGAUUAUCCCCGCUUUACAAAGAAAGAAUGACAAGCAGUUGCGCAAGAGUCGUAGAAUCAUGAAAGGAUUGUAUUGGUACAGUCCCUGUAUACUGAUUGCUAUGUACACUCAUUUGAUUUUGCAGUAUUCCGGUGAGUUAAAGAAAGAUUUGUGUAUAUGGGGCUGUAAUGAGAAAUGGUUUGGACCAGAUCAGCCAGAAAUUAUAGUGGAUUCAUGGGGGUUCUGGAACUGGUGCAAUAUUUUCUGUACUAUCUUGGUAUAUGCUACUGAGUUAGUCGGUUCUGGCAGUUGA